AUGGCGGCUGGACCCGAAGCGGCCAGCAGCGGUCACAGUGGUGGCCGCAGCUCUUCUGCCGCUUUGGAGGCAUCGCUGGAUCGCCGAUUUCAAGGAGUUACAAACACAAUGGAGUCAAUUCAAGGACUUUCUUCUUGGUGUAUUGAAAACAAGAAGUACCACAGCCUUAUAGUUCGGUACUGGAUGAAGUGGCUUAAAAAAUCGGACGCCAACCACAGGCUGAAUCUCUUCUACCUCGCCAACGAUGUCAUUCAGAACUGCAAGAGGAAGAAUGCUAUCGCAUACCGCUCCACGUUCGCCGACAUCCUACCAGACGCCGCCCUGCUGGUCAGGGAUGCUAAAGUACGCAAGUCAGUGGAGAGGAUCUUUAACAUUUGGCAGGAGAGGAGCGUUUAUCCAGAGGAGCUGAUCACAGAGCUGAAGACUGCUCUGCAGAAGAAAGAGCAGGCACCCCCUACUGUCAACCCCAAAACUGCUCUGAAGUCCAAGAUCGUGGCCGAAUUCGCUCCCCAUGCGCUGAUGGAGCGCCUGGGGACAUACAAGCGCUCUCUGGAGGAGACCGACCUGAGGGAGAAGCAGUUGGCCGCACUCCGGGUGGACGUGUGCAGCACCGAGGCUCUUAAGAGGCUCAAAGAUAAGGCUGGAGGGAACAAGUUCUCGAAAGACUUUGAGGAGGGCAGCGGGAAGCUCCAGGAGUUUGUAAAGAUCCUGGAGGCGCAGAUGCAAGCAGGGCCCCCCCUGCUGGACGCUCUGGGCAAUGCAGACGUCUUCUACGAAAUGCAGUACAAGGAAGUCAAGAUCGUGGCCAACGCCUACAAGACCUUCGCCAACCGGGUGUUGAACCUGAAGCGCAAGCUGGACUCCCUGAAGUCCACGCUACCCGGCGCCGAGGACUCGCCCAUCCCCUCCCCCUCGGAGGAUGCGCCCUCGCCCACAGGCUCCGAGUCGCCCUUCCACAGCCUGGGGACGAGGGGCAGCCAGGCGGCAACAGACCAGGAGGCUGCGAGGGCGGCCGAGCAGAAGGACAACCGCGCCGUGGAGGACAUGGACCUGUCCGAGGAGGACGAGACCACCACCUCGGGGAUCAUCGUUGAAGAAAAAAAGGAAAAAACAUGUCCUGCAGCUGUUUCCAAGGCAACACACGUAACAGUGACCAAGUCCCCACACAUCAUGGCCUCCCCUACUGUAGCCGCUCCCACAAAGGCAGCGUCUGAGCCUGCAGCCAAUCUGACCCUUCCCUCAUCAUCUGCUCCCGCGCCCACCACACCUGGCCCUGUGGGUACGGCAAGCUCUGCCCCUCUGCAGGUGAAUUUGGCCAACGUGGACCUGGGCAAGAUCAGCUCCAUCCUGAACAGCAUCACUAGUGUGAUGAAGAACACGGGUGUGAGUCCUGUGUCCCGCCCCUCGCCAGGAACGCCCACCACACCGUCUAGCCACACCCCCUCAUCAAAAGCUCCUCUCACGGCUCCCAGUGGAGCUCCUGUGUCCAACCCGCUGGCUAGCAUACUGUCCAGAGUGGACAUUUCCCCCGAGGGCCUACUCAGUGCACUCACGAAGACACAGCCACACGGUCCUGGCCUGCAGGGUUUGUCUUCUUUGCUCUCAUCUGCCCGUGUGGGUUCUCUCACCUCACCAAAUGCCCCAUCUUCUUCCACCUCAACAACUUCAGCUGUCACCACGGCGACGGCAACUGCAACCCCUACCACCACCACCGCUCCAACCACCCCAAAGAUUCCCAAACCUUCUGGCAACAACUUCAAACGUGAGUCAGAGCGAGAGAGAGGACUGGAGUGGGAGAAGGUGAAGGAGAGGGAGAGGGAGCGAGAGAGGGAGCGAGAGAGGGAGAGGGAGAGGGAGGAGGCGCCAGCCAUGCCCAGCCUGGAGUCCAAGAUCAACAGCUUCCUACAGGGGAACCCCUGCUUCAGCGUCCUGGGCCUUGGCCUGGAUGACGGCGGCAGUAACAGCCCUCUGCUGGUAGGGGGCGACGCGGCCGAUGGCACCCCGGUCCGAGACGAGAGCGGCGGCACCCCAACGCAGGACGAGAUCAUGGAUGCGCCCUGCGUCCUCGGUGAUCCCCCGAAGGCGGGCCGCCCGGGCGCCCUCUCGCCUACGGCCUACCGCAGCGAUCCCUGGGACAGCGCCAUUGCAGCGCGGGACGCUGCUGGCGAGGAUGAGAGGAAGGACCGGGACUACCGUACGCCGUCCUCAUCCUCACGCGCUCCGGCCUUCAGCCCAGGGGGCAAGGGUAAGAGUGCAGCCAAACCCAGAGAGCAGGACGGGGCGAAGAGGAAGGGCGGGUCUAGCGCAGGCUCCGCCUCCUCCUCUGCAGCCUCUGUGCAGGACACAGGCGCGAAGGGUGGAGCCCCGCGCCGGCUGAGUGGUGGGUCUCAGAACGGAGGGAGAGAGAAGGAGGAGAGAGGGAAGAAGGGAUCGAGGAAGGAGAUGGUACCCGGAGACAGCGAACACUACCAUCGCAUCGAGACCGUGGUGACGGCUACCGCUGGCAGCGAAGGCACGCCCAUAGAGACGCUCGGCUACAGCCGUAUCCAGACCGUCGAGAGCAUCCGCGUGAUUGGCCGGGGUCUGAGGAGGGCAAGCGGAGUUGCUUCCAGAGCGGGCGGGGCCUGGUAUGAAGAGGAGGAGUUUAUGGAAGCCCCACCUCCACAUCACUCUGGCAAUCAUGUGCCUGAGAGUUCUGAAGAGCUGGCUUUAGCGCCUCCCCCUGUACAUCUGGUGCCCCCAGGGCAGUACCCACCUACCCCGUAUACGAGCGAGGACCCCGCCCACCCAACACAGCCUCAUGCUAUCCCUCCACACCACCCCCCUCCUGCUCCUUUUUUCCCUGCCCCUCCAGUUCCACCCAUGCCCCAGCCCCCACCCCCUCCUGUGGCUACACCCACAGCCCCACCCAUGCCCCAGCCCCCAGCCCCUUCCAGAGACUUCCCUAUUUCCCCUACCUCUGCUGUGAUGGUGGGCGGGGUCCUAGUGCCCAUCGACCGAGUCCUGCCCCACCCUCCUGCUAAUCUGCGCCCCGAGGCUGGCGGUCGUGGGGGUGGGGCUAGCAGCACAGCCCCAAAUCGGGGCAAAUCCCAUUCGCUGCUUAGAGACCCCCUUCGCCCGGGCACUCUCAAAGAGCAGUUCGCCCCUCGGCACGCUGCCCCUCUCCACCGCCCCGGUACCCCAGGAGUGCCGCCACCCCUCCUGGGUAGAGGGCGAGAGGGGCCAAGCCCCACUCCUCCCUCACCCUCCACCCCGACGACGCCCUCGUCACCUUCAGACCCCCGACCCCUGCUGCCCUCCCCGACACCAGCCACGGCACAGCGAGCGCGCCCGCCUCAUUCGCCCCUCUCCGUGCCCCGCCUGCCCUCCCAGCACCCCCUCCUCCACUCUCCACAGAGCUCCUCCCCUCUCGCCCAGAGACCCUCCCCGCGAGGGCCCCUCCCACUGCCCCUGCCCUUGCCCCUCCCACGCCCCAACCUCUCCAGAGAGCCCCUGCUGCCAGGCGUCAAGCGCCCUGGUCCCGCCUUCAGAGGCGGACCCCUGCAGCCACCGAAGAGACCCUUCUUGCCCCCGCGUUACUAAAGUCACCAUUAGGCUCAGGGUCACAGGAAGUGUAGAGCCGUCUCCAUCCCCAGGCCACAAUACAAGCUAAACUCACGCCACCCGCUCAGCGAAGCCUCUCUCAACCGCAGCCAAAACGUUCAGACAGGGCCCAUACUAGGGGAGAGAAAACACGGAAGAAACGCGAAGACGGCCGCAGGAAGAUGGAGGGAGUGAAGGAGAUUUAAGGUGGUUAUUCAGUUCGGUCCCGUUUCCUUUUGUGUGAGAUGAAUGCAUGAAGAGUGCGUGUGCGCGUGUGUGUGUGAGCGCGCGCGCAUGUGUGUGCACCCAUGGGUGUGAGAGCAAACAUGUAAAAACUGCUCUGCUUCCUUAGCUAGACCUCUGAUUCUAAAUGAAAUAGAAAGUUUGCUUCUUGUAACCGGCCACGCUGUCCCGCUGUCGUCGCCUCCUGCUUUUAAGGGCAGCAGACAGAAAGCUGGGUUACUGCCUCCAUGCGUACCAGGACAGUCUGCUUCUGCUUCACAUCCAAACUGCUCACAGGCAUAACCUUAGAAUAAGCGUUGGCCAACCACGAUCCCACCCAGUGUUACCCAGCCCUCGUCCAGCUCAGAUGACCCUCAGGCUCGACUUCGGAGAAGCACCAGUCCGGGGCUUUGGAGGAAGUGAGCUAGCUGAAUACAGUGGACACAGAGCUUCCCCACCCAAAAAACACACACACACACACACCCCUGAGAGUAGAUUACCCGCCUUCUGUCCUGGUUUUGUUGUUGAAUCUGAACCGAGCUCUCCUGUGUAUCACUGGUAAUAAAAAUCCUGCACUGAGAACCACGCCUGAUGGGAGCUGUAAUGGGGGCUGGGCUUUCUUUACCCUACUGACGACAAUGUUAUCUUUUGGUUUGGUGUGGUUUUCCAUUUUUGGUUUCUAGAAACGUGAAGACAGAAUGUGUGACUAAAACUAUUGCAUUUUAAACUUGUUUUCUUCCUUAUGAUCUUUUUUUUUUGUUUGGGGUUUUUUUUUUUUUUUGUUUGGUUUUUUUUGGUUUUUUUGUUUUUUUUCUCGCAACCUUUCCUGGGACGGUGCAGGAACUGUGUGCUGUGGAGUGUGGUCUAGGAAAGAGCUGUGAGUGGUGUGUUAAACCAGGAGAGCUUUUGUCUCCGACCUCUGACCAUCUCCGCAGGCAUCCAGCCUGCGCAAUUCGCCUCUUCUCCCUGACACGACGACAUGUGUGUUCCACCACAUGAUUAUUAUUUGUAAAUUGCCUCUAAAGGUCUUCGCAAUGUCAGAAAUUGGAACACAAAGGUUACGCAGAGGCACCUGCUGUUGAGAAAAGGCCCACCCAAGACUUCCUAGACCACCUGCACGACGCAUUUUAUGUACCAGUUCCCCGUUUUCCCAUGAAUGAUACAUUUCGAAGAGAAAUGGAGAAACCCUUUAAUCAAUAGUCAGAAUACAAAUCAAGUCCUGAAUUCUUUUUCCCAUUAUGAUUGUAUAUGAUUACGGUCCGUACAUUAUGUACAUAGUUACAGACAGCAUUCUACCAUGCAUUUGAUAUGUUUAGGAUAUGUUUGAAAAAAUGUUUUGAUUUGAUUUUGAUUUCUUUUAAGUCUUUUUUUUUCCUGUCACAAGGUUCUAGUGUUCUGAUGAAACAGUAUUUUGCUUAGUGCAAAGCCUAAUGCUAAAUGUCUGCUUUAAACCUUCUUAUUGGUUUCACCAAACUGAAGAAUGGGUAGGAAUGCUAACAUUACAAGAAACUGUACAUUGUAGUAAUUUUUGCAUGUAUGAGUAGUGAAACUAGUUGUUGUGAUUUUUCGCCUCCCCAUAACAGUGUGUGCUGAAAUGUUCAAGAUCUGAGGAACGUCA